AUGCCACCUCUUGUGGAUCCGACGCCUUCUGGAGUUCUAUUUGAAACGGACACUCAGACUUCAGACUUGGGCUUAGAUAAAGAUGUAUCUGUUCUUAAGAAAGCAGCACCCAGAAAAUACGAGUAUGUUUGGUUCAACAUUUUCUGGUUCCUGUUUUUGCAUGUAAGCUCUGCGUACGGUGUGUAUUUGGCAUUAACAUCAGCCAAAUGGCAAACCAAUGUCUUCGCCUUUGCUAUUCAUCUUAUGUGCGCUAUUGGAAUUGGUGCUGGUUCACACAGGCUGUGGACUCAUCGAAGUUAUAAAGCCCGAACACCUCUUCGCACACUGCUUAUGAUUUGGCAAACAAUGGGUUUUCAGGACUGUAUCUUCGAAUGGGCUCGUGAUCAUCGUACUCACCACAAGUACGCAGACACGGACGCCGAUCCUCACAACGCAGAGCGCGGCUUGUUCUACUCUCACAUGGGCUGGCUGUGCUGUAAGAAAAGUCCUGAAGUUAUUGAAGGAGGGCGUCGCAUAGACGUUUCUGACCUUUAUGGAGAUCCCGUGGUGAUGUUCCAAAAAAGACACUAUAUGAAAAUGAUGCCAAUCCUCUGUUUUGUGUUGCCAACUGUUAUCCCUGUAUACUUUUGGGGUGAAACUUGGUUAAAUGCAUUUUUCAUCCCAACUAUACUGCGAUAUACAAUCGGCAUAAACAUCGUAUGGAGUGUGAACAGUUUCGCGCACAAGUACGGAUACAGACCUUACGAUAAGUCACUGAAUCCUCGUGAAAACAUAGCAGUCUGGAUGGUAUGCGUCGAGGGUUUCCACAAUUAUCAUCACACGUUCCCUUGGGACUACCGCGCGACUGAACAUCCCAUUCUUAACAUGCUCACGCCAACAAUUAUGUUCAUCGAAGCUAUGGCUAAGAUCGGACAGGCCUAUGAUUUGAAAGCCGUAUCUCCUGAUAUUAUAAAGGAGAGAUCUCAACGCACAGGAGACGGAACCCAUCACCUUUGGGGCUGGGACGAUCCAGAAUUUACUGAAAAAUUAAAAUUACGUUACGGUAUUAUAAAUAAACCUGAAAGGAAAACUGCU